GGGAGGGAAGGGUCGUGGCUGGAUCGGAGCUCGGCUUUGGGGAGAAGCCCACUGGAGCCCGGCUCCCUUCGCUGCUUUAAGAAAGAGAGAGGGAAAGGCUCCAAACUGCGGGGAAAAUGCCCCAAAACGUGGUCCUGCCCGGACCUGCCCCUUGGGGCUUCAGGCUGACCGGAGGCAUCGACUUCAACCAGCCCUUGCUCAUCUCCAGGAUUACUCCAGGAAGCAAAGCUUCACAAGCCAAUUUAUGUCCUGGUGACAUCAUUAUAGCUAUCGAUGGCUAUAGCACAGAGAACAUGACUCACAAUGAUGCACAGGAGAGAAUUAAAGCAGCUUCGCAUCAGUUAAGUUUGAAGAUUGAAAGAGGAGAAACAAAAUUGUGGUCUCCACAGAUAUCAGAAGAUGGCAAACCACAUCCAUUCAAAAUAAACCUGGAAGCUGAACCACAGGAUAUGGGCUACUUUGAACACAAGCAUAAUAUUCGGCCCAAACCUUUCAUAGUCUCAGGCCCAAGCAGUGUAUGCAGUACUCCUUCUGGUUUUGAUGGCGGCAGCGGACGUAGCACCCCUUCGUCAGUUAGCACUGUUAGCACUAUUUGUCCUACUGAGUUGAAAGCGGCAGCUAAGAUGGCCCCCAACAUUCCCUUAGAAAUGGAACUUCCCGGUGUCAAGAUUGUACACGCUCAGUUUAACACUCCCAUGCAGUUGUAUUCAGAUGACAAUAUUAUGGAAACGCUGCAAGGGCAGGUUUCUACCGCACUGGGGGAAGGAAACCCACAAAGUGACCCAGUGCCAGCUGCAGUGCCGCAGUCGGAUGUUUACAGGAUGCUCCAUGAUGACCAUCAAGGAGCUAGUCAGCCGCGCCAGUCUGGUUCCUUUAAAGUGCUCCAAGACAUGGUCUCUGAAGAGUCUGACGGGAGGCCCGUUGGUACAAGGAGUGUCAGAGCACCAGUAACAAAGAUGGCUGCUGGUGGGGGAAGUGUACCCAAAGUGCCUUUGUGUGACAAGUGUGGAAAUGGAAUUGUCGGCCCAGUUGUCAAAGCGCGAGAUAAAUACAGGCACCCCGAAUGUUUUGUGUGCUCUGACUGCAACCUGAACCUGAAGCAGAAAGGCUACUUCUUUGUGGAGGGCCAGCUAUACUGUGAAACCCACGCAAGGGCUCGCAUGAGGCCCCCAGAGGGAUACGAAGCCGUCACUGUUUAUCCCAAGGCUUAACUGUUUGGAGAUGCCAAUACCUGUAUGCGCACAUACAAGCGUUAUCAGCUUACACCAACAACGCAACUGCCUGAAUCCAGCAUAAUUGCUCUUUUAAAAUUGGGAGAGGGAUGGAAAAGUUGGGAAAGGAUAUUUCUUAGAGGUCAUGUUAGUGUGUAUAUAUAUGUAUGUGGAAGAGUUUUCAAAAAUAUUGCCGCCGUGCCUGCCACUGUAAUCUGAAUGAAGAUAAUAUUAAACAGCA